AUGAUGAGACUUGGAGAUAUGUUAUUAAAGAAACUAGAGCCUGUGCCCGAGGACUCUAACGAUAAAAGGUGGAAGUGGUUUGAGAAUUGUUUAGGUGCCUUGGAUGGAACUCACAUCAAGUUGAGAGUUCCUUCUCUUGAUAGGCAAGAUAUCGAAAUAGGAAAUGAGAUAAAUAUAAAUGUAUUGGGUGUUUGCUCACAAGAUGGUUUCUUCAUAUAUGUUUUGCCUGGGUGGGAAGGGUUCGCAAUAGAUGGACGGGUUCUUCAUGAUGCCAUAAGUAGAAGGAAUGGUUUGAGAGUUCCACGAGGUUACUAUUACUUGGUUGAUGCUGGGUAUACCAACUGUGUGGAUCUACUUGAAAAUGAAGUUCAAGAAAUGGGUGUUGAUGUGGACGGCAUGGAAAAUACUCCAAUUCAAAACAUGGAUGCUUCUGAUGAAUGGGCUACCUUUAGGAAUACUCUUGCUAAUGAAAUGUUCACUGCUUUUGCUUCUAAUAGUACAUUUAGAUGA